GGUCUGUAUGGGCUCUGCUGAAUUUCUUCUCUGAGGAGGAGGAAGCUUCGCCUGAGGAACGGAGAAGAGGAGGUGGAGGAAAAGUCAGCUGCAGGCAUGAAGGUAAUAGGGGAAGAAAUACAAAUUAACAUAUAACACUUAAGAACAUUUUUAAACAACCCCACUCCUGAUAUAUCACACCCACCCAAAUGGGGCUUGGCCUCGUCCCCCCUAACCAGCAUAGUAAAAAUACAGUAAAGUAUUUUUAUUUAUUUGAUUGGAGUAGGGCAGCACCUCCUGGCUUCACUCAUGUUGGUGAGGUUUGUCUAUUUUUCCUUUUCUUAUUAGGCUAUCUAAAGGUGACAAAGCAAUGUGUUGAAAACUUAAUUUCUUCAGAUGAACCAUUGUUUUAACCAGGUAAUUACUCAAGGCACCGAUUCUUUCACCUAUCAAUUUAUCCACAUAAUCCAAGCGGAGAUUAAUUAGCAUCCAAAAGUGGUACACUUGCACAUUACAUCUUAAGAUAAAUGUUUUGGAAAAGGCAUAAAUUAAAAAAGAUAAUUAAUUUGCAAGCAAAUACUUGAAUGCCCAGUGAAUUAGAUAGGCAGUGAGCUGGCUUAUUUGUCUAAUGGAGCAUCCCAAAACCCAGUUUGGGUCUAUAAGACCGAGUUUGCCCCUUCCCCCCAGCCUUAACGGCAACCCUCCAUUGCUUUCUGUUUGAUUUUUUAAACAGAUACUCUGAAUUGAACACCACAAGAAUAAAUAGGGAUCAGCCCCUGCUGUAGUGGCCAGCACUAAAAGCCAUUUGAGUAAUUCAGAUCAAUAAAGUAGGAAUAAUUAAUAUUUACAAACCAGCAACUUCACACCAGUUUUGGACACUUGCAGCAACUUGCAAUGUUAAGAGAGGUGCUCUAAAUAAAAGCACUUUCUACAUUUAUGAGCCUUCAGAGUAGGCUCAUGUUUUGUCCUUUGCCUGGAGGUAUAAAUGUUGUUAGCAUAUGUGCAAUCACCCCAAGAACUUCAGGCCUGCUCCUGACUGUCAAAAUGCUCCUGGAGAGGCUGUAAGCAGCACUUCCUCUGCUCUCAGUCAGCAAAAGAGGAUGGCAAGGUGUGCUUCAUGAUGUAACUUAAUUUGCAGCUGCAGGAGAAGUGUGGAUCCCUCAGCCAUACCUAAAUAGCCUUCAAAGUGCCAUUUAAGAGUGCAACAGCUAGCUGUGAUGUGGACACAAAGGUUGUGAGGUUGUUCCCCGUAAGGGACACCUGCAAAUUCCUGCCUUGUAGCAGGUUGGACUGGAUGACCUUCGGGGUCCCUUCACGAUAUAUACUCACCCACUCACCCACCGUCAUACGAUUCUUUGGAAAGUGCUUCAGAAAGAAGAUAGAGAAAUAGCAUUCCUUUAAGUUAGUUGUAGUUGUUGGCUUUUUGCAGCAUGGUAGCACUGCAGAGAGCUUGCUGGGGAGACCAUGCAUUAAAAAGGGACUCAAAAAUAGCUUAAACAAGGUUUUAAUUACAAAAACAAAAGCCCCAUUUACACUAAAUAUAUUAACAAACAAACAUGACCCAAACACCAACCCAUCCCCAGGGUAAUGGGAGAGCUAGGUGCUGCUCCUUAUAUACUACACCCAAUUGCCAACACAGCUUAAUCAAUACAACUCAACAGCACCUGCUAUGUUUCACAGCUGUAAAGCUGGGUCUCGUUAUCUUGCUCUGGCCCUUGCUCUGGCCCCUUAAAGACAUACACAUCGGGUGGAACAGUGAUGAACCUUUACAUUUAAAGAAACCAUUCAACAAUGCAGAGGGUCGCAAGGAUAGCUGGCUAGCCCCAGCUGGAUCGUCUCCUUCCAGCUGUCCAGCUGCGAAGAUCCAUCUGCCUCUGCUCCGAUGUAAAUCAGCAACCCAGGCUUCAAAGCCAGGGCACACUAUAUCAGCCGAGCAAACUGCACACACAGAAUAGGCGUGAGGCUUGUGGAAGCAUACCACAACUAUGGAUUUAUUAAUCAUAAAUCAGGACAAACAGACUCCGCUAACCCAAAAAUAGUACCUCGGGUUAAGAACUUUGCUUCAGGAUGAGAACAGAAAUCGUGCUCCAGGGGCACGGUGGCAGCAGGAGGCCCCAUUACCUAAAGUGGUACCUCAGGUUAAGAACAGUUCCAGGUUAAGAACGGACCUCCAGAACAUAUUAAGUUCUUAACCCGAGGUACCACUGUACACACAACAAAAGUUCCCAGCAAAUUGUGCUGGUAUGUAAACAGACAUGUGACAUGCAACAGUUCCAUGUCUGCAACUAAAGGUGGAAUUUUCCAGCAGUAGAUAGUCAGGCUUGGUUCCUGAAAUGAGUAGGCUUCCUUGUACACACUUCCAGGCAGAAGGGGUAGAUGGAGAGAACACUUUGUGUAGGGUCAGGGUCAGGGUGAGAAUAUGUAUAAUCACCCUGAAGGAUUCAGGGCUCCUCCUGACUGUUGAAAUGCUCCCAAGGAGGAUGUAAGCAGCACUUCCUCUGUUUCCAGUCAAUAAUAGUGAAUGGCCAUGUUUUCUUCAUGGCUGAACUUGCAGCUCCAGGAGAGGUGUGGAUCCCUGAACUAUACCUAAAUAGCCUUCAAAGUGCCAUUUAAGAGUGCAAUAUUUGCUGCACAACCAAGGUUGCGGGGUUGUUCCCCAUAAGGGACUCCUGCAUGUUCCUGUAUUGCAGCAGGUUGGACUGGAUACCGUUGGGGUCCCUUCCAGAGGUCAUAUACCAUCAUUUUUCUUUGGAAAGGGCUUCAGAAAGAAGAAACAGAAAUAGCGUUCCUUAAAGUUAGUUGUAUGAUGGGAAAGUAGCCUCACUUCCUGUGAGUUACCUUAUUCCUUGCACGUUAAUUUGAGCUUGGUGCCUCUUUUUACACGGACCCCUCUUUCAGUUCUUCUGGAAAAAAUUCGCCCCCCUGUUAUUUCUCAGGUCUCUAUGGGCUGUGCUGAAUUCCUGCUCCCAAAAAGGGGGAGGAGAAGGAAGGGGGAAGUUUCGCCUGACAAAGGGAGGGAGAAGAGGGGCCCUCCUGCUGCUGCCUUGUGGGGCGAGAGGGGGAAAGGGGAUCUUUUGACACAAGAUCCAAACAGCUCCUUUAACCAAACACUUGAUCCACCCAGCAGUGUGGCAGCCAAAGGGGAAGGAAAGCAGCUCUUAGACAUCUCCAUGCAGUUGCAAAAGGUGGGUUGCCUGUAUGGGCUCUGCUUUAUUCCUUAAUGUUGAAUGCUACAUCUGCCUAAGUCCACUUCCAUCCACUGGAAAAGAUUCUUAGUAGUAAGGAGUAAAGGGAACAGUGGGAAAUACCUAGUUAUUUCUAUAAAUUGGUAAGACCGCACAGUCCCUACACCUCCACAAGGCCUGGUCCUUUUAAGAGGUCCAGCCUGCCUUCUCCAAAGGUGGAUUUCAGCUCAAACAGCUGGUUGAAAAGUUUCUUUUCCUCUCCUCACACCCGUAACCCUGGCAACCUCCCAGAUAACAGUCUCUAUUCCUCGAUGGUCAGGGAGAUUGCAUUUUCCCACGGUAUCUCAAAAAAUUGAAACCUAGUAUUUAGUAAUCUCUUAAUACAGUUUUGGGAUGUGUAUGUGUGUGUGUCAGCCCUUAAAAAUCAACUGUGCAGUGUGGCUCACAGCAGGGGCAAAGCAAAGAUUUAAGAGUGUCACCAGCUAUGCACAUUCGCGUACACACAUAUAGGCUGGGAGUCCCUAUGCCACAAGACCAAGUGGGCUGAGCCCCGGUAACGGGGGCCAAAACCAAAAGCCAGUUGAAUCAUUUACAUUUACAAAUACUGGCACGUAUGUGUGUGUUUUGGAAAUUUGUAGCAGUUUGUAACGUUAAGAGAGAUGUUCUGAAGAAGAGCACUUUAUACACUCAUGAGCAUUCCCUUAACGUAGGCUCAUUUUUUUUCUUUUUCUGAAGGUAUAAAUGUUCUUAGCAUAUGUACAAUCACCCCGAAGGCUUCAGGCCUCCUUCUGACUGUUGAAAUGCUCCUGGGGAGACUGUAAGCAGCACCUCCUCUGCUCUCAGUCAGCAAAAGGAGAUGGCAAGGUGUGCUUAAUGGUGUAACUUGCACCUGUAGUUUAAAUUGCCUUAAAAGUGGCAUUUAAUAGGGCAACAAUGACAGCACAACCAAGGUUGGUGGUUGUUCUCUUGCAUAUUCCUGCCUUGCAGUGGGUUGGACUGGAUGACCCUUGGGGUCCCUUCCAAUAUAGAUAUAUACACCAUCAUAUAAUUCUUUGGAAUAAUCAUAAUCAUCAUCAUCAUAAAUUUUUAUAUCCCGCCAUCCCCAGCCGAAGCCGGGCUCAGGGUGGCUAACAACAAUAAAACAGUACAAAAGUACAGCACAAACAACACUCUAAAAUCAUUCAUUAUAAAAUUAAUUAAUUCAAGCCACUGGCAACCAUUGGGCCAGAGCUCCGCGAAGAUUGCCGAGGGAGGGAGUCAGGCUGUGCCCUGGCCAAAGGCCUGGUGGAACAGCUCUGUCUUGCAGGCCCUGCGGAAAGAUGUCAAGUCCCGCAGGGCCCUGGUCUCUUGUGACAGAGUGUUCCACCAGAUCGGAGCCACGGCCGAAAAAGCGCUGACUCUAGUUGAGGCCAGCCUAACUUCUCUGUGGCCUGGGACCUUCAAGAUGUUUUUAUUUGAAGACCGUAAGUUUCUCUGUGGGGCAUACCAGGAGAGGCGGUCCCGUAGGUACGAGGGUCCUAGGCCGUAUAGGGCUUUAAAGGUUAAAACCAGCACCUUAAACCUGAUCCUGUACUCCACCGGGAGCCAGUGCAGCUGGUAUAGCACCGGGUGAAUGUGAUCUCGCAGCGAAGACCCCGUAAGGAGUCUUGCUGCAGCAUUCUGCACCCGCUGGAGUUUCUGGGUCAGUCUCAAGGGCAGCCCCACGUAGAGCGAGUUACAACAAUCCAGUCUGGAGGUGACCGUCGCGUGGAUCACAGUGGCUAGGUCAGGGCGAGAGAGGUAAGGCGCCAACUGCUUAGCUUGGCGGAGAUGGAAAAAUGCCGCCUUUGUUGUAGCUGCAAUCUGCGCCUCCAUGGAAAGGGAGGUGUCGAAGAUUACACCCAAACUCUUAACGGACGGUGCUGGCACUAAUUGCGCCCCCGCAAGAGAUGGGAGUUGCCCCCCCAAUCCCAUAUCGUCCCGCCCCAGCCACAGGACCUCUGUCUUCGAAGGAUUUAGCUUCAACCGGCUCCCACGUAACCAUCCAGCCACAGCUUCCAAACAUCUGGUCAGUGUGUCUGGGGCCGAGUCAGGAUGGCCAUCCAUCAACAGAUAGAGUUGGGUGUCAUCAGCAUACUGAUGGCAACCCAGCCCAAAAUUCUGGACAAGCUGGGCGAGGGGGCGCAUAAAGAUGUUGAAAAGCAUCGGGGAGAGUAUCGCACCCUGAGGUACUCCACACACCAAGGAGUGGCGCGAUGACAAUUCCCCCCAAGCGCCACCCUCUGUCCCCAACCAGAGAGAAACGAGCACAGCCAUUGAAGGACUGUGCCCUGGAUCCCCACAUCAGUAAGGCGGUGGUCCAGAAGUUCGUGAUCGACCAUGUCGAAAGCUGCUGACAGAUCUAGAAGAAUCAGCAGCCCCGACCCACCUUGAUCCAGCUGUCUACGAAGAUCAUCUGUUAGGGCAACCAGAGCCGUCUCGGUCCCAUGACCAGCGCGGAAGCCGGACUGGAAUGGAUCCAGAGCCGAUGUUUCAUCCAGAAACCCACAAGCUGUUCAGCAACCGCUCUCUCAGUCACCUUACCCAGGAACGGAAGAUUCGAAACCGGGCGGUAAUUGGAUAGAUCUAAAGGAUCUAAUGAUGUUUUCUUUAAGAGCGGGCGCACCACUGCCUCCUUCAGUUCCCCUGGGAAUGUCCCUGUGCCAAGGGACAAAUUGAUGAUAUCCCCCCCAGGAGGGCCCGCACCUCGUCUGGACACGCUCUAAUCAGCCAAGACGGGCACGGGUCGAGAGGACAGGUGGUGGGCUUUCCAGCUCGGAGGAGUCUGUCCACAUCGGCUGGGGAUAUCCGGUUGAAGUGGUCCAAUACUGGACCCGAGGACAGUUGAGGGGCCUCCAGUUCCUUUAUUGUAUCCAAAUUGGCAGGGAGGUCAUGGCCGAGCAACAAGACCUUCUCCGCAAAAAAGCUCGCAAAUGCCUCACAGCUGUGUGUCAAAUUGUUAUUUAAAUUUGCCUGUCCCUCAAGGGACGUUAAAGACCUGAUUAUACUAAAUAAUUGUGCCGGGUGAGAGCUAGCGGAUGCAAUGGAGGCUGAGAAGUAAGACUUCUUAGCAGCCUUCACCGCCAUCUCGUAGGUUUUCAUAAAAGCCCUAUAAGAUGUUCUUGAGGCUCCAUCACGGGCACCCCGCCAUACUCGCUCUAGCCGUCUGAGGUCCCGCUUCAUUUCCCGGAGCUCCUCGGUAAACCAGGGAGCCCGGUUUCUGCAGGGUCGCAGAGGGUGCUUAGGUGCGAUCUCAUCGAUGGCUGCCAGGAGCUGGAUAUUCCAGCCCUCAACAAGCUCAGUCAAUGAGUUGCCAGGGGGAGCAAGGUCCCGCAAGGCUUGGCGGAAUCUAUCAGGGUCCAUCAGCCUCUGCGGGUGAGCCCAAAUCGGCUCGCCACCUAAGCAGGGUGGGGGUGGAAAGUCAAUCCUGGCUUUCAGAGCAUAGCGAUCAGACCAUGGCACCUUCAUCGAAGGAGACAUGAUCACAUCUAUACCUACGCCAAAGAUCAAAUCCAGCGUGUGGCCUGCUUGAUGUGCGGGGCCCGAAACAAACUGGGAGAGCCCUAGUGUCGCCAUGGAAGACACCAGGUCCAGAGCCUGUGAGGAGGGAGUGGCAUCAGCAUGGAUGUUGAAGUCCCCCAAUACCAAUAGGUUAGGGAACUCCAAGGCCCAGCCGGCCACCGCCUCCAAUAGGCCUGACAGGGUGGCUGCUGGUGCGCUAGGUGGCCGGUACACCAGCCAGACAGCCAAGCUCUCCUUGGAGCCCCACACUAGGCCAACACAUUCAAUGCCGGGGAUCGAUGGCGAUGGUAGAGCCCUGAAAGGACAAUCUUCCCGGAUUAAUAAUGCUACCCCUCCCCCCCCGGCCCACAGUCCGCGACUGGUGGAGGACAGAGAAACCCGGGGGCGCCAUCUCUCGUAAGGUAACUGUUGCCCCUUCGCGCACCCAGGUCUCCGUCACACAAGCCAUGUCAACCCCUUGCGAGAUAAAGAAAUCUCGCAGGGUGGCGGUUUUGUUGCCUAUAGACCUGGCAUUGCACAGCACCAGUGACGGAGGUGAGUAAUCCUUGCUCACCCUACCCUCGUCCCUCGGGAUGAGGCACAGAUUGGAAGGGGUACGAGCAUAUCCAUAUCUCGAUCCCCUUCGCCUAUAACAUCUGCCCCCACCACCAUACCUCCCUCGCCCCUCCACUGUAGCAAUCUCAAGCCUCAUAGUAGCCUCCAUUGAUGGCAAUUACUGUUAUUCUUCCGCAGCCUAAAACAAUAAAACCUUAAAACAAUAAAAACAAAAAACAAAAGCAACCCAGAAAACAAUAAAACAAUACAAAUAAAAACUGCAAAAAUUACAAAUUCAUCAAAAUCUAACAAAUUCCCAAGCCCACCCAAACAUCCAUCCCACCCCCAUAUAUAAAAAUCUAAAGGGAAAGGGAGAUUUUAAAACAUGUUAAAAAGAACUCUGCACCCCUCCGGGUCCUCCUGGGCAGUAGCAGCAUCAGUGGCAACAACCGUCCUUGUGAGGCCCCACCCUGGACCAGAUAGUAGGUGGCAGGAGCAGUCCUUGUGAGGCCUGUCAGGCCCCGCCCUGGGCCAGGUGGUAAGUGGCAGGAAGGAGCAGGGCCCUCAGGCACUCACACAGGCGAGUCCUCCUGGGCAGCAGGGCAGUCCUUUUGAGGCUUCAGGCCCCGCCCCAGGCCAGAUGGUAAGUGGCAAGAACAGGGCCCUCAGGCACUCACACAGGGGUGUGUGCUUAGGAAGUUAGGGUUGGGGUUAGGGUUAGGGUUGGGUUAGGGUUGGGGUGAGGGUUAGAGGGUUAGGUUUAGAGGGUUAGGGGUUGGGGUCAGGGUCAGGGUUAGAGGGUCAGGGUCAGGGUUAGGUUUUAGGGUUAGAGUUGGGGGUUGGGGUUAGUUUUAGUGUUAGGAAGGUCCCAUUUUCCUUUAGGACGUCCCUAUUUUUGUGGGAGAAUGGUUGGAGAUGGACUAGGAUGUCCCAAUUUUCAUCAGGGUAAUAUCAGAGGUGUGACAGGAUGUCCCUAUUUUCACUGGAGAAGUGUUGGAGGAGAUUGACUAUCUAUGGAAUCAUAGUUGUUUGCAUAUAUGAGAUCUCUGAGUAUAGGGUGGUUUAUCAAUUCAAUAAAUAAUAAUAAUAUCAUAGACAUCUUUUAUUUUUCUUCGUUCCCUUUCCAUGCUCCUUUGAUUUCCUUCUGUUGAAAUAUUCUCAAUAGAAUAAUAAUAAUAAUAAAUUUUUAUUUUUAUCCUGCCCUCCCCAGCCAAAGCUGGGCUCAAAAGCAGAAUCAAUGUGUGCUUUUGAGGCGCCAACAGGAUGCUUCUUCCGCCCAGCUGGAUAAAAGCAGCCAGUUUAAAAAAGGUAAAAAAAGAAGACAGGUGAAUCAUAGAAUAUUUUUAUUGGCACUCUGAGUUCGGUUUGCAGAGGGCAUGGAAAGAUCUGGCGAGAUGCAGGAAUUCGGCUCAGAGGAGCUGGAAGGUCCCGUUCUGGAUGGCCUGCACAUAAUAAUAGUAAUAAUAAUUUAUUAUUUAUACCCCACCCAUCUGGCUGGGUUUCCCCAGCAAGGAAAAAGAAAGGGACCCUUUGGACUCGGUUCAAGCUGAGAGACAUUCCAGGUGAAAUCGCCUUCCUUGUAAUAAUAAUGAUAAUAAUAAUUUUUAUUUCUAUCCUGCCCUUCCCAGCCAAGGUUGGGCUCAGGGCGGCUAACAAGCAAUCAUAAAAACAAGUUGAAUGAAGACAAGUUAAAAACAAGAUGGAAAAUACAACAUUAAAAUAUUGAAACAUUAAAAUAUUAAAAUAUCUCCUUGGAGGAGAAGUGGAGUUUGGAUUGGAUAUCCCUCUUGAAGAGUCUCAAAGCGGCUCGCAAUCUCCUUUCCCUUCCUUCCCACAACAAACACUCUGUGAGGUGAGUAAGGCCGAGAGACUUCAGAGAAGUUGACCAGCCCAAGGUCACCCAGCAGCUGCAUGUGGAGGAGCAGAGACUCGAACCCAGUUCCCCAGAUUACGAGCCCACCACUGUUCCACACUGGAGGUUUCGAAGCCUAGGUUGGGGUCCCAUCCAGCUCAACUGUUUCUAGGAUUCCAUGUUGAGACUUCUGCCCCAAAUGGGGGUUGGGAUAAAUGACCCUCGGGUCCCUUCCAUGAGUAUUCUUGGUCACUCAGCCAAAAAAAGGCCAUCCUUUUUGGCAACCCGAUCGUACCUUCUUCCAGUUUUCCCUUCUGGAGGUUCGGUCCUCGUCCGUCCUCCUCUUCAUAUCGGCACAAUCUGCAAACACAACCACAACUUUGAGAUUCCCGCCUUUCAGUCGGGUCCCUGACAGCUCUCAUUCUACGAUUAUAUAGUUCCUCCUGUGGCUAGAGGCCCAUAUGAUUGAUUGAUUGAUUGAUUGACGUGAACCGAAGGGUCCGCUGGAGGAGGUUAGGCAAGGAACUGGGCGAAACGGAGGCUUCAGUGCAGGAAUCUCUUCUUUUUUCCCCCAAUUUUUUUUUAUUGGUUUUCACAACAUUAUAAACAAACCAACACAUAAGACAAACAAACAUAAAUCAUAGCUGUCAGGGGUUCAGGAGCAGAGGCACAGGAAAGGGAGGAAAUAGAGAGCGAGGGGGAGGAGUCCGAAGGAAAUGUUAGCGAUGACAGCGGUCCGAGGUCUCUGAGUCUUUCCAGCGAAUCGGAAGAUUCACAGAAAGGGGCUCCCUUGGUCAGAGCAAGGGGGUGCCGCGGGGGACACCGCAGGAAGAAGGGGCCAGAGGGGACUCAGAGAGCAGCAGUUGGAAAUCAGGACCAGCGUCCACACCAGAGUGCAGUAGGGGGGAGGGGUCCCAGGCAUCGGGAUCAGGCGGCGCACUGCCAGUGGGAGGACAUGAGUCAGGAUUGGCCACGCCUCCAUCGGGGAGCGAGGAAACGGUCGAGAGGAAGGUUGAAGGCUGGGCGCGCGCGCCCAGUUCAAAUGUACAGGAGGGCGGCGCAGUUGGCAGCCCGGAUAGGGAGCCAGGUCCCAAAGCCCGCCGAAAAGAGGGGGAGGAGUCAGGGGGGUCAACGUCAGCGUCAGAAGAAUCCAGGAAGGAAGGGACCCCGGGGGGUAGCAGGACCCAGAGGAGAAAGGAGAGACGUAAGAGGUGGAGUAAGGCUAGAAUCUUAAACUGGUGUACAGGGGCGGAGACUCAGAUGGAGCUUCGCCGAUCUAACCCCUAGACGUAGAGCUGAGGCGCUGCGGCUUGAAAAUGGAAACUGUACUUCAAUAAAGACUUUUGUACAUUACUGCCGGCUAGCGUUGGUCCUCUGUGAGCUGGGACCUGGAGCCAGCUCUGACAGUAAGCUCCAUCCCUAAAAGUUUUGCACCAAAAACCUCGUAACGUGAGUGGACGCAGCGAGGGACGAAGAUUGGUGCUUCGCGAGCUCACAAAAGUCAGGCAAGAUGACUACAGAACAGCAACUAGCAGCCCUGCAAAAUGCAGUGACACAACUCAACGCGGAGGUACUCGCAUCCAGGAAAAGGGAAGAGGAAGCGGCUGCCGCCUGCAGGGAUCUCCAAGCCAGGUUGGAAGUGCUUGCUAAGCAGGGGCAACCGGGACCCAAAUCAGAGGGGAUUGGGCUGGGGAAAAGAGGAGGCAGCCUGGUAUCUCAUUUCGAUGGGAAUUUGCAGCAGUACCCUAACUUCCGAGCAGGCGUGCUGUUUGCGCUGGAACUGCUGGAUAAAGACUUUAGAGAUGAGCAAGAGAAGGUGGGGUUUAUCUUGUCCCAUUUGCAUGGGGAAGCUAAAGCGUGGCUGCGCAAUCUGUGGAGAGAUAAGGAUCCGGCGCUCCAAAAUGCGGAUGCAUUCAUUAAAGCGAUGGAUUCGUGUUUUUAUCAAAUAGAGACAUUGAUAUCGCCAGAAAAGACAUACAUGGGCUCAAACAAGGCAGAGCCAGUGUAAGGCAGUACCAUUCCCGCUUUUUGCAUUAGUCCAUGCGCUGGGAUGGGAGAAGGAUUCUGCCCCAGCCAGAGACCUUUUUGGGAAGGCUUGAAUGCAAAUGUGAAAGAUGAGAUUGCAAGGGGGGAGAGACCAAAGAGCACUCAGGAGGUUGUCCGGCGGGCGCUGCAAAUUGGGGUGCGUCUGGAAGAACGUCCAUGGAACAGAGAAGAAGGACGUUGGGGACGUACGCCAGUGAGAGCACCUCCCUCUUUCCCAAGGAUGCAGCGCGUGUGCAAUCCCCACCUCCGCAAGGAGGGAGAGCAACCGAUGGAGAUUGGAGGCGCCAGGGCUCAGUCAGCAACCAGAGCCCUAACACCGGGAGCAGUCAAGCGAAGCCUCCUAGAGGGAACAGGAAGUGCUACAUCUGCGACAGUGCUCAGCACAUGGCGAAAGAGUGUCCCCAGAGGCUCCACAAGCACACUGCAGCCUCAGCAACAGUAACAGACGCAACUCAGCAGAGAGAACCACAGCAGGGAAACGACAGAGUCUGGUUGGAGGAAGAGGCACUGGGGCCCAGCCAGACAAGUCAAUGAAGCCGUCCCCAGAGAUUUUGCAGCCCACAGACCCCCUCCCGCCCAAACCAGUGGUGCAGCUCACAGCAUCGCUCCAACUACCCAAUGGACUCACUAUGGAAGUGCCGAUUACCAUUGACUCUGGUAGUAACGCAGACUUCAUAGGACUGGAUUUCAUUCAAGAACACAACAUAGCACUCCUGCCAGCCACGCUGCCUCUGAAAGUUGUCACGGUGGAUGGCAGGGAAUUGCUGGGGGGGCAGGUGGUGCAGCAAACGCCUCCGAUGGUGAUGCAAAUUGGGAAUCACCGAGAAGUCAUCAGCUUCAAUGUCACCCAACUGUCGGACACGCCUAUAGUAUUAGGCAUGAGUUGGCUGCACAGGCACAGCCCAGCAUUGGCGUGGUACCAGCGACAACUGACCUUCGGCUCCUCAUACUGUGCGGAACAUUGCAUUCUGCCUAGCCCGGAAGGGGAAGAGGAUGACCCGCAGCUACAAUUAGGCACGCUGCAAGCAGUGCCACUCAAGUACGCAGCGUUUUUGGAGGUUUUCUGCGAGAAGGAAGCGGACAAGCUACCUCCCCACAGGUCCUAUGACUGCAAGAUUGACCUCCUGCCAGGGCGACGCUGCCAACCGGGAAACUGUAUUCCAUGUCUGAAGACGAGCUGCAGGAACUCAGGGAGUUCAUAGACCUCAACUUGAAGCGCGGUUUCAUCCAGGAGUCGAAGGCAGUGGGGGGCAGUCCUGUAUUCUUUGUGAAGAAGAAGGACACGCCCCAAAAAAGGCUUGUGGUGGACUAUAGAAUUUUGAACUCGAAAACCAAGCCCACAGCCUUUCCCAUGCCCAAGAUAGAUGACCUGCUCGCAACGGUGAGGAAAGGACGCGUUUUCACAAAGUUGGAUCUGCGAGGGCGUACAACCUGAUUCGCAUACGGGAGGGCGACGAAUGGAAGACUGCCAUGUUCACGCCCCUGGGCACCUAUGAAUACAGAGUUAUGCCCUUUGGAUUACAAAAUGGCUCCCACUGUUUUCAAGCCUUCAUGCAUCACGUAUUGGCGGGUCUCCUCUACAAGAAAUGCGUCUGCUUCCUGGACGACAUCCUGAUAUUUUCAGAAUCAGAGGAGACCCACGAGGGAGACGUCAAGGAAGUUCUGCAGAGACUGCAGGAGCACAGGCUGUACGCCAAGCUGGAGAAGUGCCAGUUCGACAUGAAGGAGGUAGAUUUCCUGGGCUACAAGUUGUCGGACAAGGGGCUCGCCAUGGACAGCGCCAAGGUUCGCUCAGUGUUGGACUGGAAGAGCCCGCGCAAUCGGAAGGAGGUCCAGCGGUUUGUCGGUUUCGCCAACUUUUACCGCAAGUUCAUCAAGGGGUUCGCGAUGCAGACGGCGGCCAUUACCGACACGCUCAGCUCCAAGAAGAAGAAGUUCAUCUGGACGGAGCAAGCGGAGCAGUCCUUUCAGAAACUCAAGCGUCUCUUCUCGUCCGAAGAGCAGCUACUGCAUGUGAAUCCCAGCAGACCGAUGAGGGUUGAAACGGACGCCUCAGACAGAGCCGUGGGAGCAGUACUGUUGCAGCAAGACCCGCAUGGGGACUGGAGACCGUGUGCCUUCUACUCCAGGAAGCUCAGCAAGUCAGAGCAGAACUACACCAUCUGGGACAGGGAGUUGCUGGCCAUUCAUGCAGCAUUCAAGGCGUGGCGGCACUUCCUCAUUGGAGCCAAACACACAGUGCAGGUCCGCACGGACCAUAAAAACCUGGAGUACUGGCGCACGGCAAGGUUCCUGAACCAGAGGCACAUACGAUGGGCGGAGUUCUUUGCGGAUUUCGACUUCAGGAUAGAGUACAUCCCAGGCGACAACAACAUCAUGGCGGAUGCACUGUCCAGAAAGCCGCAAUACCUCGAGGAGGCGGCACCAGCAGCGGCCAAGCACAUUUUCGCACCGAAAGCGUGGGCGUGCGCUUCAGCAACCGUGGACCUGGAUGCUGUACGUCGAGCACUGCAGGAGGACCCCUUCGCGCAAGCAAAGAUGGCAGAGGUGCAAAGGGGCACGGCGGAGGACGACGAGUUCCAGAUACGCGACGGAUUGCUCAUCCGCAGAGGGCCCUCUACGUACCGGGAGACGACCUCCGCGAAAGUACUGCAGCAGUUGCACGACGCACCCACCGCCGGGCACUUUGGCAAAGAGAAGACGGUAGAAUUAGUAGCCAGAGAUUUUGGUGGCCCAAGAUGCGGGGGAAGUCGCGGAUUACGUCUCGAGGUGCGACACCUGCCAAAGGGCCAAGUCAGUGCACAAACCGCCGGCGGGACUGCUCGAACCGCUGCAGACACCGCUCGAACCGUGGGAGAGGGUGGCCCUGGACUUUGUCACGGAUCUACCCAGCUCGAGGGGCAAGACGGCAGUGCUAGUGGUGGUGGACAUGUUCACCAAAAUGGCCCACUUCAUUCCGUGCGCGAAGGUGGCCACGGCGGAACAGACCGCCAAACUGUUCAUAGACCACGUGUUCAGGGUUCACGGUCUGCCACGGUCUAUCCUGUCCGACCGGGGCGACAGUUCAUCUCGAACUUCUGGCAGAAGCUGAUGGGUUUCCUGAACGUCAAGAUCAACCUAGCGUCGGCGAGACACCCGCAGACGAACGGACAAGCGGAGCGAGUCAACGCCAUCAUGCAGCAGUACCUGCGAUGCUACGCAAAUCAGCAGCCGGCAACAUGGGUGGACUACCUGCCGCUCGCUGAGUUCGCCUACAACAACACGAAGCACGUGUCCACGGGGGUGACACCGUUCUUCGCCAACAACGGGAGGCAUCCCAGAACCUUCCCGGGAUUAGCGAGAGCGGGGAGGGGGAGCCACAGGCAGCGGAAGCCUUAGCAUCAGAGUUGCAGGAGGUUCACGAACAGCUUCGGAGGCAGUUAGAACUAGCAAAGCACGCAUACAAACUGCAGGCUGACAAGCACAGAAGGGUUGGGGAAGACAUACAGGUGGGAGACUGGGUUUGGUUAGCAGCCCAGGCAGUGCCGGCCAGAUCGUUAGCGAAGAAGAAGCUAGGGCAUAAGCAGCUAGGACCCUACCAAGUCGAGGCACAGGUCAAUCCAGUGGCCUUCCGGUUGACACUGCCGGAGGGAUCCAGAAUGCACCCAGUUUUCCAUAGAUCAGUGCUCACGCCCUACAAAGCACCUCAUAGAUUUCAGGAGCCAGGAACGGCACCAGACCCGUUCAGGGAAACGCCCACAAGGGGGGGGUCGCCAAGGCGGGAACCCGUCAACGAAGUCACAGAGAUUUUAGACUCGAGAUGGGGGGGAAGAGGGAGUAGAAUAUCUUCUCGCCAGAGAAGGUACCCCGGCCAGCGCCAACAGUUGGGUGCCAGACCAUGCCUUGGACGAACCUUUUCUCAAGGACGAGUUUCAUGCCCUUUUCCCACACAGGCCCAUGCCAGCCGAGUAUUUCGACGACUGGCUUUUCACACCCACAUUUUCAGCUAGCACAUUCCAGGGGUUCACCUCGGACGAGGAACCGGCACUAGAAACACGUUCCCCGGAGGGAUCACCCUCGGGGUCUGCCUCAGACCGUUCCUAUUGGUGGGACAAUCGACCAGAGGAGCAGUGGCGCAGGAAGUGGCUGGGGGGUCCUUGGCAGGCAACGUCCCCGGAGGAGACCGGGGAGAGACGGACAUGGACGUGUUGGGGAGGACCUUGGGUUCGAGCACGGCGGCAAAGAGAUGGAAGCAGAGGAAAUUGAGGUCGGCGAGAGCACGGAGGACGAGCCGGACUUAUCCGGCUGGAUGCACGCCACGGGGGACGAACUGUAUCCGGCACUCACCCCCACAACGACGGAGCACCCAGUACCCACACCUGAAGGAGGGGAGGGGGUACGGCGGGGCUUCGAGGGGGAUGGAUGUCAGGGGUUCAGGAGCAGAGGCACAGGAAAGGGAGGAAAUAGAGAGCGAGGGGAGGAGUCCGAAGGAAAUGUUAGCGAUGACAGCGGUCCGAGGUCUCUGAGUCUUUCCAGCGAAUCGGAAGAUUCACAGAAAGGGGCUCCCUUGGUCAGAGCAAGGGGGUGCCGAGGGGACACCCCAGGAAGCAGGGGCCAGAGGGGCCUCAGAGAGCCGCAGUUGCAUAUCCGGCCCAGCGUCCACUCCCGCGUGCAGUAGGGGGGAGGGGUCCCAGGCAUCGGGAUCAGGCGGCGCACUGCCAGUGGGAGGACAUGAGUCAGGAUUGGCCACGCCUCCAUCGGGGAGCGAGGAAACGGUCGAGAGGAAGGUUGAAGGCUGGGGGCGCGCGCCAAGUUCAAAUGUACAGGAGGGCGGCGCAGUUGGCAGCCCGGAUAGGGAGCCAGGUCCCAAAGCCCGCCGAAAAGAGGGGGAGGAGUCAGGGGGGUCAACGUCAGCGUCAGAAGAAUCCAGGAAGGAAGGGACCCCGGGGGGUAGCAGGACCCAGAGGAGAAAGGAGAGACGUAAGAGGUGGAGUAAGGCUAGAAUCUUAAACUGGUGUACAGGGGGCGGAGACUCAGAUGGAGCUUCGCCGAUCUAACCCCUAGACGUAGAGCUGAGGCGCUGCGGCUUGAAAAUGGAAACUGUACUUCAAUAAAGACUUUUGUACAUUACUGCCGGCUAGCGUUGGUCCUCUGUGAGUUGGGACCUGGAGCCAGCUCUGACAAUAGCCUUAUAGAAAAUUACACUGAUUAACAUUGUUAAGUGACGUCCUCGCUUCCCCAUGGUUGAAUUUCAUUGCAUGUCCUUUGAACGGUUUUCCAAAUCACAGUUCUUCUAAAAUUCAACUUAAACAUUAACAUCCUUAGAUCUUCACAUUAUGAAAUUAAACAUAUGAAUUCAUCACUUAACGUAAAUAAAAUCCUAAGCCAAUUAAGUAUCUGCAAGCUGUUUUCAGUUAAUUUAACUUAACAUAGUUAACUAAGACCUAACAGGAAGAGCCUGCCACCAGAAGGAGAAGUAUCAGGAAGAUUGGAUUAAAUUUAAUUAAAUUUAACUAAGUAAUCAUUCAAUUUAAUCCACUCUUCCUGAUACUCCUCCUCCUCCUGGUCACGGACUCUUCCGGUUAGGUCGGCUAGCUCUGAAAAAUCCAUCAUCUUCAGUGCAGGAAUCUCAACACAGAAUCAUACAAUGCCGGAGCUGGGACCCCCAAAGGUCAUCCAGUCCAACCCGCAGCAAGGCCAAACCUGCCCCAUCUACAGUGGUGGAGUUACUUACGGACGGCAACAAUUGCUGCAAAGGGGAGGAAGUACAUCCCAGCAGUUCCUGCAACAACAGGCGUCAGGUCCACUGGUGCAGCGCAUCCUUGCUCUGUGAAGAAAACAACAGCCAGGCCAAAGUUUUAAGAUAUUUUUAAAACUCCCCCCCCCCAAACCAGGACUUUAGGGGCAGCAGAAUCAGCUGGGAAGAGAGAAGAGGAGUGCAGGGUAUGUAUUAUAAUAAUAAUAAUAAUAAUAAUAAUAAUAAUAAUAAUAAUAUAGUAAUUAUUUUAGUAAUAAUUUUAAUAAAAACAAUAAUUUUAGGUUGGGUGUCCUUGCUUCUCCUACUGCUUUUGUAGGUUUCACAGUAUUUGCGCAUGGUGAUCUGUUGUUAUUUUUAUUGAUUAUUGUAAACAUUGUGAUUAUAGUUUUGAGACUUGUGGGUGUAGGGCAGUAUACCCAUUGAAUAAGAAAUAAUAAUUAUUAUUUCAUUUUCCAUAUGGUACCAUAUUUUUGGCUCCAUAAGAUACACUUUUUUCUUCCUAAAAAGUAAAGGGAAAUGUCUGUGCAUCUUAAGGUCCCUGGAGCUGAAUGUGUGGUCCCUGGAGCUGAAUUGCACUGGGCCGAAAGCAUGGUGAUCUGUUGUUAUUUUUAUUGAUUAUUGUAGUCAUUGUGAUUAUAGUUUUGAGAGUUGCGGGUAUAGGGCAGUAUACCCAUUAAAUAACUAAUAAUAAUUAUUAUUUCAUUUGCCAUAUUUUAUUUUUACUUUAUUUUAUUUUAUUUUUACUUUAUUUUAUUUAUCUGUUUUUCUACGUUGUGAGCCAAUCCGUGCCAAAUCCCCCCACAUUUCAGACGACAUCAAAUGACAUAGAAAUUUAAGCCGCCUGCCAGUCUCACCUUCCAGCUUCACCACCUGCCGGAUGAGGAGGCUGCACGUCACAGUGACCAAGAUCACCCCCGUCGGGGUGCUGAAGUCCACCAGCCGCUGAGCUGCAGGAGAAGAAAGAGGAGGGAAUCGAGAACCUGGAAGGGACCCAAAAGCUCUGGAGGGUGGAGGACGCCGCCCAGCCCCGCUGACCAACCUGCCGGGUCGGUGAUCUGGUGGAUCAUGUCCAUCUUGAAGGCAACGGUGCCCACGACCAGCAGGGUGACCAUCGCGACGUAGAUGAGGAGGAACAGAGGCAGGAUGAGGGCGGCCGAGAGUCCUGGAGAGGAAGGGUGAUGGUGGGAUGGUCGAAUCGGACGGGACCCCCGUGUCCAACCCCCUAAAAGGCACCUAGUCCUCCUGGGGAGGAAGGGCGAUGGUGGGACGGUCGAUUCGGACGGGACCCCCGUGUCCAACCCCCUAAAAGGCACCUAGUCCUCCUGGGAAGGAAGGGCGAUGGUGGGAUGGUCGAAUCGGACAGGACCCCCGUGUCCAACCCCCUAAAAGGCACCUAGUCCUCCUGGAGAGGAAGGGCGAUGGUGGGCCGGUCCAGUCGGACGGGACCCCCACGUCCAACCCCCUAAAAGGCAACUAGUCUACUAGAUCCUUCCAAAGGAAAAUCAGACUUUUUUUAAGGCUGUCCAUUCCUUUUAAGCCCAGUAUUCCUUUAAGCUCAGUAUUAUGCGGAUGAGACCCAGCUCUACCUCUCUUUCCAAUGGGAACCAGCGAAGGUUUUGUGUGAGUGCCUGGAGACGGUUGGAGGCUAACAGAUGGGGGAGGUUGAAUCCUGACAAGAUGAGGUUGAAUCCUGACAAGGCAGAAGGACUGUUUUGGGGGGACAGGAGGCGGGCGGGUGUGGAGGACUCCUGGUCCUGAAUGGGGUAAAUGUGCCCCCGAAGGACCAGGUGCGCAGCCUGGGAGUCAUUCUGGACUCACAGGUGUCCAUGGAGGCGCAGUUCCAUUCUGUGUCUGUUUACCAGCUCCAUCUGGGCUGCAGGAUGAGACCCUACCUGCCCGAGUGGUGCAUGCUCUGGUUAUCUCCCGCUUGGACUACUGCAAUGCGCUCUACGAGGGGCUACCUUUGAAGGUGACCCAGAAACUACAACUAAUCCAGAAUGCGGCAGCUAGACUGGGGACUGCGAGCGGCCAUCUUGAAAGACCUACACUGGCUCCCAGUACGUUUCCGAGCACAAUUCAAAGGGUUGGUGCUGACCUUGAAAGCCCUAAACGGCCUCAAAGGUCCAGUAGACCUGAAGGAGCGUCUCCACCCCCAUUGUUCAGCCCGGACGCCGGGGUCCACUUCCGAGGGCCUUCUGGUGGUUCCCUCGCUGUGAGAAGCCGAGUUGCAGGGAACCAGGCAGAGGGCCUUCUCGGUGGUGGUGCGCGCCCUGCGGAACUCCCUCCCACCAGAUGUCCAAGAGAAAAAGAACUACCGGACUUUGAGAAGACAUCUGAAGGCAGCCCUGUUUAGGGAAGCUUUUAAUGUUUAAUUGGUUAUUGUAUUUUAGUGUUUUGUUGGAAGCCGCCCGAGUGGCUGGGAAACCCUGCCAGAUGGGCAGGGUAUAAAUACUAAAUUAUUAUUAUUAUUAUUGUGGCAAAUUAGCUUCUUCCUCUUCUCCGAAAGCCCCUUCCCGCCUCACCUUGAUCAUAGCUCCACAGGAUCAGGGCCACGAAGGCAAGGGCCGAAGCCAAGCCUGUCAGUCCGUUGACGUAGAUGCUGAGCCACUUCCAGGCCUUCCCUCCUGGGGAGCAAAAGGGUGGUAGCACCUAAGGGUGGGACCCCAUAGAUCAUCCAGUCCAACCCGCGGCAAAAAGAUACUCACGGAUCUGGAGCUUAUGGGGCUGACACAAUGGCAAGAGGAUCCCCAUCCGGAGAAAGCAGCACUCACCAGGGCUGAGGCGGAGAGCUGGAAGGACACCCCCAGCAUCAUGGAGAUCCCUGCAGGAUGGAGCCCGUUGGGGAGAGGAGACAUCAAGCACCUCAGGGAGGAAUUCCAAUGUUCCUCUUCCCCCUACAGAAGUGUCAACUGGGUGCCAUGGCCCUGGCACCGAAAUUUGGGGGUGUCCAGACCCUCCAUGGGAAUGUUGUGGGCGCUCGGGCACCCAUGCCUCUCUCCUCUCUCCCAUCCCAGGUACGCCCAUGGUGACAUUGCCUGGGGUUGUACUGGAUGACCCUGGGGGUCCUUUCCGAAUCUAUCCUAUCAUUAAUUGGAGGUUUUUCAGUGGGGUCCCAUCCAACUCUACCAUUCCCUGGAAAGAUGGAUUCAGAGUUUGCUUUCGCUUUCUCCUCUCUCCCAACCAGGUCUUCUGGAGCUGCAGAAUUAUUGGGCCUCUUUCUCCGGAGAAAUGUUGGUGGGAAUCAUAGACCCAUUGAUGGGGAAGGGAUCCCAUGGUCGUGUAGCAAGGCAAGGCAAGACCACCCCCAGAAACAUCAUUCCUACAUCGCAGAAGGGGUGUAACCUAAGACCACCCCUCAGAUACAUCAUACCUACAUCACAGAAAAGGCGGUCUAAAACAGAAAUUUUGAAUGUUGUUUUUCUCCUGUCCUUGUUUAUCUCCUGUCUGGUAGGUUACUUGAUUGGAUUUCCUGGGGAGCCUGGCUAGUCAUACCUACAUCACAGAAAAGGCAGUCUACAGCAGAAAUCUGACUGCAUUGUUUAUCUCGUCUGACAGGUUACCUGUUUAAUGGUCACUUGAUUGGAUUGCCUGGGGAGCCGGGCUAGUUUUUGUAAUGAUAAAUACUUAGUUCCUGGGCCAGGUCACAGGCUCACACCCUAUUCAUAUCUUAAAUGUGCCCUUAAGACCGGAUUUGUGAGACAAUGGGGAGGUUUCCCAUUUUGACAUUGCCGAGAAAACAUUUGCUCAGUUUAGGAAUCAAAAUGGUUCCAGGAGGGUCUUCCUGUGCUGAUCUUGGUUGGUAUGCUUAGGAACAUUACCAUAUAUGUCAGGGGUUCAGGAGCAGAGGCAAGGGCAAGGGAGGAAACAGAGAGCGAGGGGGAGGAGGCAGAAGAAAAGAUGAGUGAUGACGACGACCCGAGAUCUCCGAGUCUUUCCAGUGAAUCAGAAGAUUCACAGAAAGGAGCACCAGUGGCCAGGGCAAGGGGGGGAGCCUAGGGAGACGCCCCAGGAAGAUAGAGCCAGAGGGGACUCAGAGGGGAGCAGUUGGAAAUCGGGACCAGCGUCACCGCCAGAGAGCAGGGAAGAGGAAGGGAGCCAGGGAUCAAGCGCUGGCAGCUCACAACAGGGGGGAGGGCACGAGUCAGGAGUGGCCACACCUCCAUCGGGGAGCGAAGAAACGGUCAGACGGAAGGUGGAAGGUUGGGCGCGCGCGCAUGGUUCAAAUGCACAGGAAGGUGGCACAGUAGGCAGCCCGGAAAGGGAGCCAGGUCCUAAAGCCCGCCGAAAGGAGGGAGAAGAGUCAGGGGGGUCAGCGUCAGAGGAAUCCCGGAAAGAAGAGACCCCAGGGGCAGAGGGACCCAGAGAAGAACAGUCAGGCGGAAAAGGUGGAGCAGGGCUAGGAUAUUAAGUUGGUGUACAAGGGGCGGAGACUCAGACGGAGCUUCGCCGGUCUAACCAUGAGACGUAGAGUUGCACGCAGCAGUUUGAGAAUGGAAACUGUAACUCAAUAAAGACUUUUGUUUAAUGAUCGCUGGCUAGCGUGAUCCUCUGUGAGCUAGGAUCUGGAAGCAGCUCUGACAAUAUAUCUAAGACCGUAAAAUUCCUAUCACAGUUGAAACCCAGUCAACGCAAUGCUUUCCUUGCAGACCCAGAAGGCUGACUCUAGAUUUGUUCUAAUUCCUCAUAGCAAUCCCACCUGAUCACUACAGGGCGAAAUGUGGCAACAGGGGAGAGGAGAGGGCCCGGAUUCUUCUUCCGUUUUGUGCCCCCCACUUGGCGUCUACUCACCCGGCGUCACGUCCAGCUGGGGCGACUCCUUCCAGCCCCGGCGGUUGCUGGCAUUGCAGGAGUACGAGCCGCAGUGGGAUGUCUCCACCCCGGAGAGGGGGAGAAGAAGAAUGUCAUCCCUUUGGCCCCUGGAGAGCGGUUUCCCGUCCCUUUUCCAUUCAACGGCCUCCACUGUGCCACUCGGCACCCGGCAGGACAAGCGGACACCGGGAUUUUGCAGAGAAGGCUCUCUGCGGACGACCGGCUGGGCAGGAGGCUCUGAAAACGGGGGAAAGAACCCAAAAGCUGGAAGGGACCCUGAGGGUCAUCCAGACCAACCCCCAGCAAGGCGGGAACCUUUUGCCCCAAAGAAUGCAAUCCUGGCUCGGAAGAGAGCCUUUUGUCCUGUUUGUCCUGCUGUUUUCGACCUUUUGGAGUUCAUGCCUCCCUGGACUGGCAGCAUUCUUUCUCCGGCUCACCUGUGGAACUCACUGACACUGGGGUCCCUGUGCGUGAAGGGGGGGGGGUUUCUCCUUCCUGCCUCGUUUUUGGCGCCUGUUCAAAUGUGGGUGGCCCGGCCUGCAUCUCCUAUUUUAUUUCUCAUUAUUAAUACCUGUAAUAACAAUUUACUAAAUGUAUAUUAGGAUGCGCCUGGGGAGGGAAGAACAAGAUUAACAUAUUUAAUAAUACUUUGUGGUCCUUUCCCGCAUUCUUCCCGGCCCCUUAAAGUGGGGCGGCUCUUAAAGAGGACCCCUAGGUUAUGCUUUCCUGCCAACCUAGCAGUUCGAAAGCACGUCAAAGUGCAAGUAGAUCAAUAGGUCCCGCUCCGGCGGGAAGGUCAAUGGCGUUUCUGUGCGCUGCUCUGUUUUGACAGAAGCGGCUUAGUCAUGCUGGCCGCAUAUCCAGAAGCUGUACGCCGGCCAAUAAAGCAAGAUGCACACCGCAACCCCAGAGUCGGCCAUGACUGGACCUAAUGGUCAGGGGACCUUUACGUAGGUGACACUUACCAAGGUCCUCUAGGGAUCUGGGUAUCCCGUGUGCCACUGCAGGACGUCCUCCGACGAAUUCGUUCUCCCCGGAGCAGGCAGCCCAUGGUUGGACGUGUUUUCGGGAGCAGGGAGCAGGAAAGGGGAGCCGGCGGCAACUUUGGCCAGCCAGAGCAGCACUGCAGAGAAACAGGGACGCAGAAUCCUAGCCGAGGGUCACCUAGUCCUGCCCCCGGCAAGUCCAAACGUAGAAGCAUAGAACUGGAUUGGGACUCUGAGGGUCAUCCAGCUCAACCCCCUGCAACGCAUCCUGUCCAUUGGUCUGGGAUGGAAGAGCGGAGAUGGCUGCCUAGCGGUGGGUUGGGAUGGAUGACCCUUUGGGGUCCCUUUCAGCUUGAGCUCUGGAAGUUUAGGGAAGCUUUUAAUGUUUAAUCGAUUAUGGUAUUUUAGUGUUUUGUUGGAAGCCGCCCAGAGUGGCUGGGGAAACCCAGCCAGAUGGGCGGGGUAUACAUAAUAAGUUAUAUUAUUAUUAUUAUAAGUGGCGGCUUGGAGAACGUUGGCCUUGGCGUGACGUGGAGCCACGAAUCCAGGCUAGUGGGGGGACUGGAUCUCUGAAGGAUCCUCUACUGACCGCAAAUUACGUCUCUCUUUCCGCUCUGGCUCAUCUAGGCAACCCACCAGAGUGGAAAACUGGACUGUGUCCAAGUUGGAAAUGUACACAGCCAGACGGGAGAAACAUACACAGUCCAGAGUCCGGGCCCAAGCCGGAUGCUGUGCAAACGGUUACCUGGCGCCAGCAAGCCACUUGCUGCCAUCUUUCUGGGGAAGAAGCAAAUCUUCAUCUGCGGAGAGAAAGCAGAGGGAGAAUGAGAAAAGGGACCCUGAGGGUCAUCCAGACCAACCCGCUGCGAUACAGGAAGAUGCUGCUGUCUCUCGAACCUGCAACCUCGGUGUUCUCAGCAGCUAUGAAUAUGAAUCCUUGGUAUUCUCUCUCCAGCUAUCUAUGGAUCCCAAUCACGAGAAGCACUGGGAAUGGCUCCAUGCACCCAGCCCCCCUUCUUUCUGUGGCUGCCCUUCAGAACUAACGGGCAUUGGGGUUCCCUUGUAGGAAGUAGAAGAAAGGCGUCUGCAACACGGGCCUAAAUGAGAAAUGCCAAAUGAGAGAUCCAAAGGACAAGACUAUAUUUUAAUUUUAAUACAUAAAAGUUUAGAUUGCCACCAUCCAUCUAAUAGGUCUGUACUCUGUCCCUCCUGGUCUCCCAAUUUCUCCUUCUCUUGCUGCAUAUGCUAUUUUUAUUUUGUAUUCCAUCACUUCUUGGUCUCCCCAUUUCUCUUGCUGCAUAUCCUUACCCUCUCCCAGCCAUGCCGAAUAUCCUAAUUUCUUUUCGCUACUGC